UACACAUUUCACACCCCCCUCUCUUUCUCUCUCUCUCUCAAGCAAGUGAACAAUCUCUCUCUCAAGCAAGUUCAAAAUCUCUCUCUCUCCCCCUUCCUUUCUAAACAAGUUCACAGUCUCUCUCCCUCUCUCUCUCUCCUUAAGCGAGUUGACAAUGGCUUUACAACUCUUCUACUCCACCCUACCCCCUUAAUUAUACAUACACCUCUCUCUCUCUCUCUCACUCCAUUCUCUCUAGGUUUUGAAUGUGUCUAUAUAUAAGCCCUUUUACUUAUAACAAUGCGUGCAAAGCAAAUGCAUCCAUUGUGUUGUAUAACCCUAGAGACCUCCACCGGAGACCAAUCGCCGGACUUAAAACUCUCCGCCGCGCCGGAGCCCAGCUCCGGUGGAUCUGACUCAGGUAGCUGCUUCGCCGGAGUUUUAUACAAGUGGACUAAUUACAGCAAAGGCUGGAGAUCUCGCUGGUUCAUCCUGCGCAAUGGCGUAAUUUCAUACUCUAAACUUCAUCGUGUCGAUAAUCGAGCUCAAUUACCGGUUCAAAAUGAAGUUCGCAUCAUCGGCGACGCUUCUUCCAGCCGCUUCUCCGGUCUUAGUACCUCCGGCAAGUCCGCCGGCAUUGUUCAUCUCAAGCAGAUCUCUUCGUUUAGAGAGAGCAAGUCAGAUAGUAGACGGUUUUACAUAUUUACUGCUACCAAGACACUUCACCUGAGGACACAUUCCAGGAAAGAGAGAGUAGAUUGGAUAAAAGCUUUGAUUUCAACUAGGAGCCUUUUUUCACUCAGACCUUCAAAUGAUAAUUUUUCCCUUAUAGCAAGUGAUAUAUCGAUAUCUACUGCAAGGCUUAAGAAACGAUUGCUUGAAGAUGGGAUCAGUGAGACACUUGUCAAGGACUGUGAGCAGAUUAUGCUCUCAGAAUUUUCAGAGUUAGAAGGACAAGUCAAAGUUCUAUGCGAAGAGCGUUCCAAUUUGCUGGACACAUUAAGGCAAUUUGAGGCGGCCAAUUUUGAAGCUGAAACUUCUGGUGUUCAGGAUGGUGAUGAAUAUCAUUUGUCAAAGCAUGAAUAUGCAGUUGGGCACGGAAAGUACAGUGAAUACAGCACCACUGAAUCAUCUGAUGAUGUAGAGAAACAAGAACUUGAUGAUGUUUCAGAUGAAGAGGAAACAUAUUUUUUUGACACCAGAGAUAAUUUUCUAGAACCAACUACUAGUUUUGGCUCUAUUGAUCAGACACUUAACAGCGAUAAACAAGUCAGUACAAUCAACGGUGCAAAAAACAUUAAUGUCAAAAUUGAUCCCAGAAACUCUGGAUAUCCCCACAUCGAAAGGCGUAAGAAGCUACCAGAUCCGGUUGAAAAGGAGAAAGGGGUUAGUCUUUGGUCUAUGAUCAAGGAUAUGGUGGGAAAGGAUUUGACUCGUGUCUGUUUGCCAGUGUAUUUUAAUGAGCCAAUAUCUUCUCUCCAAAAAUGCUUUGAGGAAUUGGAGUAUUCUUACCUCUUAGAUCGCGCAUAUGAGCUUGGAAAAGAGGGAAACAGCCUUCUUAGAAUAUUGAAUGUUGCUGCUUUUGCGGUUUCUGGAUAUGCAUCCUCUGAUGGGCGGCAUUGUAAACCCUUUAAUCCUAUGCUAGGGGAAACUUAUGAAGCUGACUAUCCUGAGAAGGGACUGCGAUUCUUCUCUGAAAAGGUAAGUCAUCAUCCAACCCUCAUUGCCUGUCACUGUGAAGGUAAAGGAUGGAAAUUUUGGGGUGACAGCAACCUUAGAUCAAAAUUCUGGGGAAGAUCGAUUCAGCUUGAUCCUGUUGGAACACUUACGCUAGAGUUUGAUGAUGGCGAGAUAUUUCAGUGGAGCAAGGUCACAACUUCCAUUUAUAAUCUUAUUCUUGGAAAAUUAUACUGUGAUCACCACGGAACAAUGCAAAUUAGUGGUAAUCGCCAGUAUUCAUGCAACCUUAAGUUUAAAGAGCAAUCUAUUCUUGAUCGAAAUCCCCGUCAGGUUCAUGGUUUUGUUGAGGGCGUCUCUGGGAAAAAAGUUGCUUCACUCUGGGGAAAGUGGGAUGACAGCAUGUAUUAUACCAAAGGAGAUGGGAGUGCCAAGGCCAAAGAUUUUUCUGAUGCAUCUCUGCUAUGGAAAAGGAACGAAAUACCUCCUAAUCUUACCCGGUACAACUUAACGCCAUUCGCUAUCACAUUAAAUGAGUUAACACCAGGACUACAGGAGAUGCUCCCCCCCACGGAUUCAAGACUUAGGCCUGAUCAACGACAUCUAGAGAAUGGCGAGUAUGACAAGGCAAAUGCAGAGAAGCUAAGGUUGGAAACACGGCAGAGGAUGUCGAGAAAACUACAAGAAAAUGGGUGGAAGGCCAGAUGGUUCAAAAGAGAAAGUGAGGAUUCCUCCUUCUGCUAUGCUGGUGGUUAUUGGGAAGCACGAGGAACAGGAAAAUGGAAUGACUGCCCCGAUAUAUUUGGCGAGUUCACCGAUGCUGUUGUUAAUUCAUAAAACUAAAUGACUGAUGCUGUAUUGCUGUGGUUAAUUCUGAUCUCAAAGAGCUGAUGCAGUAAAAUAAGACCUUCAAGUAGAAAAUAGUAGAAGAAACUCUCUGCACAUGACCUAGUCCUAAUUGUCAGGUUGUCGUGGGAAUACUAUGGCCUGAGUGGGAAUACUAUGGCUGGAGAUGGAUCGAGAAGAUAUCUCUCACACCAGGAUCAAGGUUCUCGUGACAGUUAGUGUACUGUGCUAUCUCUACCUCUGUCUCUUGAUUUGUUAUAGUUCCUUAGACUUCUUUAGCCUUCGGCUAAUCAUUUAUUUAGAUAAUCAGUUGUAUCUCCUUGCUAGAAAUAAUCAAGAUAAAGCUUUUCACAAACAGAAGAAAGAUAAAAGAAAGAAAAAAAAAUUCAUGAUGGCCA